UCAGAGUUUCAGUUUCAAAGCGCUUCAGUCUCUCAGAGAUCCAUGAAGAGGCAGAACAGCUUCUUAUCAUCGUCCUCGCAAGUUGAGAUUUCUUCCGAUGACCUUCUCCGCCGUAGCCUCAGCCGCCGCCGUUCCAAAUCCUUCGGCUGUGUCUCCAACCUCCUCCAUUUCCUCUCCAACAACAACAACAACCACAGCCGCCGCAAUAAGUCCAUCACAUUCGUACACAACAGUAAUCAGGAAUUUCUCGACAAUGCAAGUUCCGAAUCGAAAAUUUCUCGACCUCCAAAACCAGAAUCUGCCGCUAAUCUCCUAAUUUCCUCAUCCGUUUCGCCGAAGAUCGAAGAACGAUCCGAAUCCGCAAUCUCUACAACGACUGUGGAGAGAUUUUUAGGAGCGAGAGGUCCGAUCGUGCGAUUGAUGGGACUGGAAAGCUCCAAAGUAGAGGAAAGCGUUCCAGAAGCGGCGGAGAAGCAGAGGAAGGUUAUGGAAGCUUUGGAGAAAUGCGAACAGGAUCUGAAGGCGCUGAAGGAGUUCAUCGACGCGCUUGAUUCGACAGAGAGCUUCCGAAUGUCGUCUCCGGUCAGUGAAGGAAAAAGGAUUGAGUUCAUGGCUUGGGAACAGCAGCAGGAUCCUAGUCCAGUAUCGGUGCUCGAAGAGUUGAGUAGGCCGCGGCAUUUCGUUAACCGCCAUGCGUGCAACAACAGCAGGAUCUUCCACCAGCCGUCUGCAAAUCCCGGAAGAGUACAAUCACAGCAAAGACAACAAAUGCAAAGGAAGAAGAAACAAGAAGGGGAUCAUAUCUUCAAUAUAAGCAAAUUUGAGAGAACCAAAAUCCCUGAAGAAGUAGUUGGUAACUGGAAAAAUGAAAAAGCAGCUGAAUCUCCACCGUGCGGUAGGGAGGCAAUGAAAGAUAGUUUAGAAGGAGUGUGCAAAGACAUUUCUUGGGGUCUAAAGAUGGAAGUGGGAAGAAUAGGAAUGGCUUUACAACAUCAGAUUUUUGGGGACUUACUUGAAGAGUUAGUUAAAGACCAUACAUUUACUUGUACUUCGCUGCCAUUUGAAGCUUGCAGGAGAAGACUUUGUUUCUAGUGUUCUCGACUUUAUUCGGUAUUUUAGUUUAUAGACGUUGUUUAUCAUUCUCUCCAUCAUUAUUAUUAUUAUUUCUUUAUGUUCAACGGUAAAAAAAUUCAAAA